AUGGACCUCAGCUCCGCGCCGCCCCGGUCCUCGUUCAUGCCCCAACCGCCGCUUGGCCACGCCGACGGCGGACCCCGCAUCCCCGCCGCCCCUCCACCGGCCCCACGCCCUCCCUACCCAGCCGCGCUGCCGUCAAGGCCGUCAUCCCACGCGACCCUCGGCUACCCCGCUCCCUGUGGAUGUCGUGCCACCCCGAGGGCGGCGCCCUCCAUGGCCACCACCGCCGGCGCGCCCUGGCGGGCGAGCCCCGCUCCGGUCCUGGUCCCGGUCCAGCGCCCGCGAGCCCGCACAGCGCCGCCCCGGCCGGCGAGCCGGCGACCCCCUCGCUCGAGCCUGCCCCCUUCCUCAUUCUCAAGGUUGAAGAUGGCCAUGGCCAUGGGCGCCGACGUUGGGAGCAAGAGAGGAGGGAGAAGGGAGAGGUGUGACUACCAUAUGGGCCCCACCUAUCAGUUCACUUAA